AGUAGCCGUUACGGCUAAAGCUUCGAAGUGCACGGGAAGACGUCUGUUGUCGCGAGCAUUGCCAGCUUCCAUGGCGAAUUUCUGCCCAUGUCUUACCCCGAUUUGGGGAAUGCUGAUAUUCUUGAUGCGCCCUUCGAUGUGGGGGCAUAUGGUGUUACCACUUGUGAUCAGCUUCGUUCUGACUAUAGGUGUUGUUGUUGCGCUGUAUGUCCCGGCCGUGGAGGAUUGGCAGGUGACUGAGCUGGAAAAGUUCUCUGAGGAGUACGAGCCCUCUUUUUUCGGCCACAACUUCACUGAGAUAUUCAACGAAGACAAUCGGGAUAAUGUCAAGAUAGGGCUCAAGGUCGCCGCCCCCUUCGAGGCAGCACUCGUUGCCUACAUCAGCUUCCAGGCUCUCUUUUCAAAGGUCUUUGGCAAACUCGCGAUGCUCUGCCUGGAAGAACGAGCUGCAUAUACAGACUUCCUGGAGAAGCACAAUCUCACUGACGAGGCGCCCGAGGGCGGUCCGUGGGGAUGCCUGUGUUCCACCAUUGUGUCUUUGGCGCUGCUUCUUGCUACCCUAUCUUUGAAUUUUUUUCCAAUCAUCGGGCAGGUAUUGUUCGCCCUCGCGAACGGCUGGCUGUAUACGUGGCUGAAUAUCAGUGACCUCCUGACGAUCAUCGGCUACAAAAGUUUUAGCAGCCAGCUGAAGCACAUGCUUUGUUGCCCCCCUGUGAACGUCUGUACUCCUACGUUCUCUUCGGCGCCGUUUGCUUCAGCGUCACCCUCGUCCCCAUCGUGGGGAUGCUGGCCACUGGUGGCUUCGCCUGCGCAUCCGCUCUCUUGCUCGAGGGCUACCUCACGGAGGGCACGCUGGGCCCCGACUUCGAGGAGGGCGAACCCGCGGAGCCCUCGGAGCACGAGGCUGGCCCCCAGGAGCCAGCAGCUGCUGCCCCCGUCCGGCGGGUCCGGGCUGCCGCGUCCCUCGGCGCCCCCGCCGGGCGGCUCGGCGCGUCCCGGGGGCGGCGGCGAUGCGGCGCAGGGGGGCCGCUCCUUCCGCGGUGCCGGCGGCGCGGGCGUGCGGGGGCAGGCGCA